UUAUUGUUCUAAUAUGCAGCUCAGAGGACACAAAAAGCAUUCUGCAGGCUGCAGAGAACCUGGGACUCAACACUGGAGAAUUUGUUUUCAUCGUUUUACAGCAGCAGGAGGACAGCUUUUGGAAAGAAGCACUGACAAAUGGCAAAGUGAUAGGUUUCCCCAAAGUCUAUGAGUCAGUGUUUGUCAUCGCCCCCAGCUCCUAUGGAGAAGGCACUGGAGAUGAUGGCUUCCGGAAACAAGUCUACCAAAGGUUGAGGAGGCCACCCUUCCAAAGCUCCAUCGCCACAGAGGACCAGGUGAGCCCUUACUCUGCCUACCUCCACGACGCCCUCUUACUCUACGCUCAGACUGUGGAGGAGAUGAUCAAGACUGAGAAAGACUUCUGGGAUGGGCAGCAGCUGAUUAACACCCUGAGGACUGGCCAGAUCACACUGCAGGGAAUCUCUGGCCCUGUGCUUUUGGAUUCCCAGGGGAAAAGGCACCUGGAUUACUCAGUCUAUGCUCUACAGAAAUCUGGAAACAGAUCCCUUUUUCUUCCUUUUCUUCAUUACGACACUUUUCAGAAAGAGAUCAGACCCUGGAGGAAUUUCUCUGACAUCUCUUGGCUCCAUGGCUCCCCUCUGGAAGACAGACCUGGUUGUGGAUUUCAUAACAAGCUUUGCAAAAUGGAGCCUCCUGCUGUAGCAGGUGAGCCUGCAGCUCUGGUGAUUAUCACAGUGACACUCCUGGUUCUUGCCACAGUAGCUGCCAUUACAGGGCUGGUGUUAUGGGUGGUGAGAGGAAAAGCACAGAGCCAUCACAGAAACACCUCGUGGCAGAUCUGUUAUGACAGCAUCACUGUUCUGCCCCAGCACAAGCCGUCCCAACGAGGCACACCUGUGUCGAGGCACAAUGUUAGUGAUGCUUCUUUGGUGAAAAGCUCUGAAGAUUGUAGCUCUUUUGUCAAGAGCCAAUGGGGCGAAGAGAUGUUUUAUGCCCCCGUGGGGCUUUACCAGGGCAAUCACGUGGCCCUCUGCUAUAUUGAUGAUGAAGCAGAAGCAUGGCUUAAGAAGCCAACUGUGCUACAGGAAGUCUGGCUGAUGUGUGAGUUAAAGCAUGAAAACAUCGUCCCCUUCUUUGGUGUUUGCACAGAACCGCCCAACAUCUGCAUUGUCACACAGUACUGCAAAAAAGGAAGUCUGAAGGAUGUCUUGAGAAACUCAGAUCAUGAGAUGGAUUGGAUUUUCAAGCUCUCAUUUGCAUAUGACAUAGUCAAUGGUAUGCUGUUCCUCCAUGGGAGCCCGCUGAGGUCUCACGGCAACCUGAAACCUUCCAACUGCCUGGUAGAUGGCCGUAUGCAAGUGAAGCUGUCGGGGUUUGGGCUGUGGGAGUUCAAGCAUGGCUGCACACACAGGAUCUACAACCAGGAGACCACCGACCAUUCAGAGCUCUACUGGACGGCCCCAGAGUUGUUGCGGCUUCAGGAGCUGCCCUGGCCUGGCACCCCACAAGGAGAUGUUUACAGCUUUGCCGUUCUCAUGAGGGACUUGAUCCACCAGCAGGCCCAUGGGCCCUUUGAUGACCUUGAGGGGGCUCCUGAGGAAAUCAUCAGCCGCAUCAAAGACCCCAGGGGACCAUUUCCACUGCGACCAACCUUGCUGGGGGAUAAAGGUGAUGAAAAGAUUGUCCUCCUGGUGAGGGCCUGCUGGGAUGAGUCUCCGGAGCAAAGGCCAACCUUCCCUUCCAUCAAGAAGGUGUUACAAGAAGCCAGUCCCAGGGGCCGUGUAAGCCUCUUGGAUAGCAUGAUGGGAAAGCUAGAAAUGUACGCCAAUCACCUGGAGGAAGUGGUGGAGGAGAGGACCUGCCAGCUGGAGACCGAGAAGAGGAAGGUGGAGAGGCUCCUGUCCACCAUGCUGCCCAGCUUCGUCGGGGAGCAGCUCAUAGCUGGAAAGUCCGUAGAACCAGAACAUUUUGAGUCCGUCACUAUCUUUUUCUCUGACAUUGUGGGAUUCACAAAACUGUGCUCUCUCAGCUCCCCCUUGCAAGUGGUGAAGCUCCUCAAUGACCUGUACAGCGUGUUUGAUCACACAAUACAAAGCCAUGAUGUGUACAAGGUUGAAACCAUUGGCGAUGCAUACAUGGUGGCCAGUGGGGUUCCCAUUCGCAAUGGAGCGCAACAUGCAGAAGAGAUUGCCACCAUGUCCUUGCAUCUGCUCAGUGCCACCACCCACUUUCAGAUUGGGCACAUGCCUGAGGAGAGACUCAAGCUCCGCAUAGGCCUCCACACAGGUCCUGUGGUGGCCGGUGUGGUGGGAAUCACCAUGCCCAGAUACUGUCUGUUUGGAGACACAGUGAACAUGGCAUCCAGAAUGGAAAGCAGCAGUUUCCCUCUCCGAAUCCAUGUUUCCCAGAGCACUGCAGGAGCUCUUCUCGCAGCAGGAGGGUACCAUCUGCAAAAGAGAGGCACCAUUUCAGUCAAGGGCAAGGGAGAACAGACUACCUUCUGGUUGAAAGGCAAAGACGGCUUCACUGUCCCGCUCCCCGAGUUUACCGAGGAGGAAGAAGCUAAAGUUCCGGAGAUCUUGUGA